AUGGAAAACAGUUUAAGCUUAUCAUGUUCGCGGAAUAGUUCUUUUAGUAACGACAGGAAAACCGCGUUCAGGAGUAUUUUAGAGGAUGUUAGGAACUUAGAAGAAGAGAAUAUCCAUGACAAUUUACAAACAAUUGAGAAGACAUCAAGAAUAUUGCGAAAUGUUGAUGACUUGUAUGGCAAAGAUGAGUUGAAACAUCCGGGUGAAAGUUACCUGGAUUCUCAAGUGCUCUGCGCGACGAGCCUGCUCGCUGUGCGCUGUUCGGAGUCUGUCAGCGGCAAUCUUAACAAAUACGAUAAAAGUGAACUCGCGAAACACAUUGGUUCGAACCCGGACUACUGGGAGUUCCCGUUUCCUCUAGAAGCUCAACCCGUGUUGUAUCUCCACGGAUCCUUUGAUCCAACACCGCCUGAAGAAAGACCUCGAGCUCCGAGACGGAAGGUUGAUAAACAACAGCAAGCUGCUCUUAAAGUGCCCAAGAGUAAAGACAAAGUUGAAGAAGAGGACAAAGACAAGGAGAUUUUCAAGAAAGUACACAAAAUAGUUAAACAGGCAUGUCGCGAUGGACCACUAUGCUAUUUCAAACUAGCGUUAGAUCCUAAAAGCUUCGCAAAAACUGUUGAGAACAUCUACUAUCUAUCGUUCCUUGUAGCUGACGGCGUUUUAGAAGUUUAUAUUGACGAAGCAACUGGGCUUCCAUUCGUUAAGACAAGAUCCAACAACGAGAGGCAGCACUCGAAGAACGAGAACAACCAGUUUAUAGUAUCCAUUAAUAUGAAGUUAUACAGGGUGAGUUGA